AAAUGCACAAAAGUAAUGUACAAGCAUGAGUUUAUGUAAAAAGACAUGUAAAACGAACUUUUGAAGGUUUUUGGUCUUAAGCGCAUGAACUGUGUGUCAAGCUAAGUAAGAGUGUUCUCGUGUGGACCUAUUCCAGUGCAAAUGAUGUAGUUGAGCUAAGACAGAGGAGUAUGUAUCGUCACACGUGGUACAUUAGCUAAAGCUGUAAGUGAUUUAAAUGUGGAAAUGAGUUACAGGUACAAUGGUUAUUAAUAAGUUACAGUAAUGGUAAAAACAAGAUCCAUACAGUUCAUAAAAGUAAUUCAUAGGUGAUUAAGCUGCAGUUAAAACAUGGUAAAGGCAGUGGUUAAAAGACAAUAAAAGGUUUUCUGAGUUCAUAAAGAUAUCUUUGUAAAAUGUAAAAUUGUACAACUUGUGCCAGUCAUAUGUGAUUCUGAAAUAUUGUGUUUACAGUACUAGUAUUUGUUCAGUAGUACUUGUAAAUGUAAUGUAGAAGAAGUCUAGUCAAUACGGUGAUCUGAGUAACGUAACUGCACCAAGCUCCUGUAGUCAUGUUAAUUUUGCAUCUUUUUGCAGUUCCUGCAAAAUAAAUGUGUUGCACCAAGGAAGAGUUGGCCCAUCUUUCUCAGCCGUGUAACACCACAAUCUCCAUUUCUUCCAUGUACAGGUUAGCUACAAUGGGGGAUACAGGGGGGGACUUCGCUUUUUACCUGCAUUCCCACUGGAGAUGCAAUACAGACAGUAAAGAGAAAACUGCUGCUUGACAACUCUCUGUCUGAGAGGACCAACCUCUCCCCCGAACAGGUGUGUGACCUCCUUAACCUUUGCCUCAGCACCACUUAUUUCCAGUACAACAACGGUUUCUACAGGCAAAAACACGGCUGUGCCAUGGGAUCCCCUGUAUCCCCCAUUGUAGCUAACCUGUACUGGAAGAAAUGGAGAUUGUGGCACUGAGAACAUUCAGUGGCCACUCCCCGAGGCACUGGUUCAGAUAUGUGGAUGACACAUGGGUCACCAUCAGGAAGGGUGAGGUCGAACCUUUCACAGAACACCUCAACUCGGUGGAUAAAAACAUCAAGUUCACAAGAGAGGAUGUCCAAGACAACUGUCUGGCAUUUCUAGAUUGCGUGGUACGCAUUGAAACCAAUGGGGAACUCAACAUUGGGGUCUACAGAAAACCCACUCACACAGACCAGUACCUCCUGUUUGAUUCACACCACCCACUAGAACACAAGUUGGGGGUGAUCCGUACCUUAAAGCACAGAGCACAGAACAUCCCAUCAGAAGCGGAUGGAAAAAGAAGGGAACACAAACAUAUUCACUCUGCUCUUCAAACUUGUGGCUAUCCAAACUGGGCUUUUAUCAAAACAGCAAAAAAGCGCAGGGAGGAUAAGAAAGACGAGGACCACAAAAAGAGAAACAACAUUGUCAUCCCCUAUGUGGCAGGAAUUUCAGAGAAACUCAGGAGGAUCUUUAACACCCACCAGAUCCCAGUACACUUCAAGCCCAGCAACACUCUGAGGCAAAAGCUGGUCCAUCCCAAGGACAAAAUUCCAAGGGAGAAACAGAGCAAUGUGGUGUACGCAGUGCAGUGCAAUGAGGAAUGCUCUGACCUGUACAUUGGAGAGACUAAGCAGCCAUUACACAAGCGCAUGGCACAACACAGGAGGGCCACGACCACAGGCCAGGACUCAGCAGUCCACCUCCACCUCAAGGAGAAGGGGCACUCCUUUGAUGACCACAAGGUGCGCAUUCUAGCCAGAGAGGACAGAUGGUCUGAGAGAGGGGUAAAAGAAGCCAUUCAUGUCAAACUAGAAAGGCCAUCUUUGAACAGAGGAGGGGGCCUGAGACACCACUUGUCUCCCACUUACAAUGCCAUUCUUAGAGCCCUCCCAAGGAGGUGCAGCCAUCUGUCCCACCUGCAGUCAGGUGACCCCCAACCACCCUCCUAGAGGGCUGGGAGGGGUAACGACCGCCCAUCAAAGGCUAACAACUCCUAACGAGUCUAUUGGUUUCGGGUCUUUGUCCACUUGUUUUUGCCACCACCCUCCUGGUGGAUAAAUAUCUGGUACUCCCCACCAGGCUUUCAGAACUGAAGAAGCCUCUUGGAUGAGAGGUGAAACGUUUUCGACUCACACGAGGUUAGUCCAGUUGCCAUAACUUAUGCUUGCUUGAGUCUUUGACAUCCUUUUGGCAUUUAAUUCUGUAUUCAUUCGUAUCAGGUCGGGAUUAUUUCUGGUGAGAAUUUCCAAAGAAGUUUCUUAGAGUGGACAUAUUGCCGUCAUGAAAUUGAAAAACUGCUUGGAGAUGACCAUUUCUCAUGUCCUGCCUGUGGAGAUGAUAUGGUUGCACUGAGCCUUGAUGGCAACAGAAAACUGUAUGGCUUCUGUAUGGUAAAGGGACUGAUGAAUGUCCAUACUUUCAUGGGACCUUCAUCGCCAAAGACACAGAUGUAGAGGAAUUUGUGAAAACAGUUCAAGAGAAAAUAAAAUCUGGAUCUGCACGCCCAUCCUAUGGCAAGUCAAACUUCAAAGCAGCCAGGGAGGUUGCUAGAAAGUCAGAGCCCAGACUGAAUGAAGAGGGCAUGAUGGCAUCAGUCUGCAGACACUGCAUUCUAUUUUUGUGGUAAGUUUUAUUCUUAAAUUGUUAUUUAUUUAUUAUUGUACAUUGUUGUAAUUAUUGUAUUAUUUACAAACAGGGUUAAAAUAGUCUUUGGAAAUGUCCAUAACACUCAUGAUUAAUAGGUAAAGUGCUUUUUGUCAUAGUAAUUAGUAAAUUUGGUAUAUUUAAGAAUAUUAAUAUAGUAAUGAAAUUAAUCCUUUAUUCAGAGAAAGCUUUCUGUGUUUUGGAUGCAGGCCUUCACAUGUUUAGCAGGGAAAUCUUUGCCUACCCUCUCUACCUACAGCAAGCUCUUGGGAAAGAACACAAGGUUGAGUUUGUCUGCACUGACGUCAUGUGUAAAUACUAUCCAUAUGUACAGAGGGUAGUGGAGACCUUUCCACAGCUGCAGUAUGUCCUGCAAAUGUGCCCGUUUUUGUCAGUGACGCAUGCAAAAGGUCACUCAACAAGAUGUGAGGUAAAGAAAUAGAAUGUUUCAGAUGUUUUUUGAUAAUGGAUCAAUCAAUCAAUCUUUAUUGGUCAUUGCACAUUUUCAUAUACAACGAAAUUUCAUUUGAGCUGCCCUGCCAAUGACAGCUCCGGCUGCUGCGCAGUGCUGCACGCACCUUUCUUGAAGAAAAAAAGAAAAAGGACAUGUUGGGAUCUGGGUAGGGAUUGCAAAGGGUAAAAGAAAAAAAAAGGCUCGUUGUACCAAAUGAAACCUCCAAUGUUAGGAAAUUCAAUUUGAGAAGGAACCUAAGAAAAAAACAAACCCGCAAACAGGCAAAGCAUGACGUUAGACAAGGAUAGUUGGGAUAAGGAU